AUGGUAUGCAAAGCUGACAUUGCUAAAUGCCGAGUAAAUGAUCCAAACCCUCCACUUCACCAGUACCAUCAGUCAGGAGACCUCCUUCUUGGUGGGAUAGUUUCUUGGACUGGUAUCAUCUCCAAUUCUAUGGCCUUCAUGGAAGAACCACCACAGACAUUGUUCGAAGAGCUUAUUGUAGUGCCUAAGAAUUACCAACACAUCCUGGCUUUCGCAUUUGCAGUUAAAGAGAUCAAUCAAAACCCUCAGCUCUUACCCAAUGCCACCUUGGGCUUCCAUAUCUAUGACAGCUAUUUUGAUGCAAAGCGGUCCUAUCAUGCCACAAUGCUACUCAUUUCCACACCUGAGAAAUUUGUCCCCAACUACAAAUGUGACAUCAAGAAUAGACUGAUGGCUGUAAUUGGAGGACUGGACUCUGACAUCUCCCGUCACAUGGCAACUAUUUUGGAUAUCUAUAGCAUUCCACAGGUCAUCUAUGGGUCUGCUCCAGUGAUGAAUGAUAAAGCUCCAGGCCUUUUCUUCUACCAGAUGGUGCCUGAUGAAGCUCUUCAGUCUGCAGGAAUUCUCUCUUUGCUUCUGUACUUCAGAUGGAUGUGGAUUGGGGUCCUCACUAUGGAUGAUAAUGAGGAACGAUUUAUGCAAACUGUGUUUCCAUUGUUUGCCCAGAAUGGCAUCUGUGUCGCCUUCAUAGAGAGGAACCCCACAAUAACUGUUGUCACUGAAUAUCUGGACAUGAUACAAGAUGGAGCGAAAAUACAUGAUACAAUCAUGGUCAGCAAAGCCAAUGUUUGUAUUGUCUUUGGAGACUCGUAUUCCAUGAUGUUAUUGAGAUGGCUUCCAUAUCUGUCAAAACGAGAACAUGAGAUAAAUAAACCAAAGGGUAAAGUGUGGAUAAUGACAGCCCAGUUGGAGUUCACAGCAUAUUUCUUUCAAAGAACUUGGGAUUCAGAAAUGUUCCAUGGAACUUUAUCCUUCAGCAUUCAUUCCAGCCAUCAACCUGGAUUUCAGCAGUUUGCUGAGAGCAGAAACCCAACCAUCACACAAGGAGAUGGUUUUCUCAGGGACUUCUGGCAACAUGCAUUUGAUUGUGUUUUCCUGAAUCCAACUGUGGACAAAAUUCAUGGGGAUAUUUGCACCGGGGAAGAGAAGUUAGAGAGCCUUCCUGGACCCAUUUUUGAAAUGGAGAUGACUGGCCACAGCUAUAGCCUUUACAAUGCUGUCUAUGCUCUGGCCCAUGCUUUACAUGCCAUGUCCUUAUCUAUUUUGAAAGACAGAGCAACAGUGGCUGACUACCAUCUAAAUGCACAGCCUCUUUCGGUAUGCAGUGAGAGUUGUUAUCCUGGUUCCAGCAAGAAAGUGAAGGAAGGGGAGCCAUUUUGUUGCUACGAUUGCAUCCCAUGUCCAGAAGGGCACAUUUCAAGCAAUCAAGACACAAAUGACUGUGAUAAAUGCUCAGAUGAAAACUAUCCAAACAAAAAACAGGAUUUCUGUAUUCCCAAGCAUAUCAGCUUCUUGUCUUAUGAAGAGCCUCAAGGGAUCGCUUUAGCUUCUCUUGCUCUUUUAUUUGCUUGUAUCACAGCUCUAGUGCUAGGAAUAUUUAUGAAACACCACAACACUCCAAUAGUCAAAGCCAACAACCGGAGCCUCACCUAUGCUCUCCUCAUCUCCCUCCUGCUCUGCUUCCUUUCUGCAUUGCUCUUCAUUGGUCAACCAGAGAAGAGGGCGUGUCUCCUCCGACAAACUGCUUUCAGCAUCAUCUUCUCAGUGGCUGUUUCUUGUGUACUGGCAAAAACUAUGAUGGUGGUUCUGGCUUUUGUGGCCACCAAACCAGGAAGCAGGAUGAGGAACUGGGUGGGGAAAAAACUAGCCAACUCCAUUGUUCUUUCCUGCUCCUUUCUUCAAGCAGGGAUUUGUACUGUGUGGCUGGCAACGUCACCCCCUUUCCUGCAUGCUGACAUGCACUCAGUGAUGGAAGAGAUUGCACUAGAAUGUGAUGAGGGCUCUGCUGUCAUGUUUUACUGUGUCUUGGGCUAUAUGGGCUUCCUGGCGAUUGUCAGCCUCACUGUGGCUUUCUUUGCCAGGAAAUUGCCUGACAGUUUCAAUGAAGCCAAGUUCAUCACUUUUAGCAUGUUGGUCUUCUGUAGUGUUUGGUUAUCAUUUGUUCCAACCUACUUGAGCUCCAAAGGGAAAUACAAGGCCACUGUGGAGGUCUUCUCUAUAUUAGCCUCCAGUGCUGGUUUGUUGCUUUGCAUCUUUCCCCCAAAAUGUUACAUUAUUGUGUUAAGGCCUGAACUGAAUAUCAGAGAUCACCUAAUGAGAAGAAAGUGA